ACACACACACACACACACACACGUAACAUUUGUGUACAAACUCCGGGUGGAGAAGGAAGUGCCAUGGAGCUUUGGGCUCUGAUGAAGAUGCUACUUUUGGGGAUGCUGCUCAAGGCGUCUCAGGGACAGAUAGAUGAGCAAAAACCCAAGGAAGAAAAAAGAAUUCUGCACUGGGAGAAUAUAGACGAUUUGCUGGAAGUGGUAACAAGAAACUUGUCCCACCAUGACUUUUUGCUGACGGAGGACGAGGGCCCAGAUGGCCAGGAGAUCUUGGACGGAGACACAGAGCAGGAAGAGCCGCAGGAGGAGACACACCAUCCCACUCUUUUGCACCCAACGACAGCAUCCCCGGCUCAGGAAGAGGAGGACAACUUCUCCUAUGUAUUCUCACGUCUGAACAGCAUGGACGCAGCGGUGCAUCGCCUCAACGUCCAGUUCCACAACAUGGAUGUGCGGGUGUCCCAGUUCUCCGAAGGCCUGGCCGAAUUGAAGAGGGGCCUGGCUGAGGUGCGCGAGUCACUCACCUCCGUGAACGAAGUCGCGACGCGCAACCAGAAAGAGCUGGGGCGGAUUGACGGCUGCUUGCGGGGCCGACGCACUCACACCAAAUGCUUCCUGAUCUUCAAGGACUUUGAGGUCUACGACACGGCGCAAAAGCUUUGCGAGGCCAGGGGAGGCCAGCUGGCCAUGCCGGCGGACGCCACCGAGCUGGGCGUCCUGCGCCGCUACCUCCAUGCUGCCUUCCAGCCCCACAACUGGCCGGCCUGGGUGGGCAUCAACGACCGGCGGUCUGAUGGGUUGUGGCUCUUCGAGAACGGCCAUCGGGUCUCCGUCUUCGACUGGUACCGCGACCACUUGGUGACCCAGCCGAACGGGGGCGCCCGUGAGAACUGCGUCUCCCUCAGCUCGGAUGAUGGGAAGUGGUGGGACAAUGACUGCGAGCGGCGCAUGUAUUACAUCUGCGAGUAUCGCCUCUAGGGGGCACCCUUUUACAAGAUCCCCUCCCCCUGCGCAUGAUUGCACAGGCAUCCUCCCAUUUAUAGUGCAGUGGGGAGCAGCGCAUGAAUGCUGUGACGGGCAGUGACCUCUGGAAGGCACUACCCUUCCCCAUCGUGU